GCUUUCGUCUUCCAAGAACGAUCUUCGCAGAGAUGGCGACAGCGCCGUCUUUGCUUAACAAAAUUGAAGAAGAGUUGGAGUGUUCCUUGUGUCUUGAAAGACUCAAAGACCCCAGAGUAUUUCCUCAAUGUCAACAUUCUUUCUGUUAUGGAUGUAUUGUAAAGUUGAGUCAAGGAAAAAGCAAAAUAUUUUGCCCUGAAUGCAGGGCGGAAGUCGAGGUAUGUUCGACCUACCUAACUGCAGAUGGAAAAGUUGAAUUAUUUCUCCUCUAUGUUUAAUAAUGCUAGCGAAUAUGUACGAAAAGGACUCGUAUUUCGGGAAUUGUUUUAGGAUUCUUUCAUACAGGGGUGGUUCUGAUUCAAUGGCUGCUUGUUGCGAAUCAGGUCUUGUUAGUCCUUAAACGGUUUUUAUUUUCUGGUACAGGUAGCUUGGCUGCUAUAUACAGCUUAUUUACUGUACUUGUCAUUUUUCAGCUUGGCAUUCCACCCGAUCUAUCGCAUUUUAAACGCAACACACGGAUCAAUAAUAUUUUGGAAUAUAUGGGCAACGAUAAUCUACCUGAUAGCAUAAAACCCGAAGUAGAUCAACACAAAACAAAUGAAGCGCCAGAAUGCAACGAAGGCACACACACAAAUCAUCACGACGUAGGGAAAAGCGGAGCUGGAGUUGUAACAUCAGGUGAUGAACAGCAGAAGCCAAACAACGGUAACUAAUGAAGUGCUAGAUCCGUUUCCUGAUUUCGUAAAUUAUGGCCUCUAUUAAGUUCUGCAAGUCUUACGAGGCUUUCUCUUAAACAUGGCGAACAAUUUUCAUUAAGGAUUUUAUACAUUAGGAUACUCUUCAACUUAGCCCGCCUAACAUGUAGAUUAUCCCAUCCUAAACCUUCCAAAAGAUCACUUGAUCUAAUCCUAUCAUCAUAACUUGCUCAUAUCUUACUACAGCUACUCUCACUAUGAAAUCAGUAAACCCUUUGUGUUUACUUGAAAUUCUUCUUAAAACUAACAUUUUUCAACCGAGUUAGGGUCGCUAUUGACAGAGCUUUGGCAAAUACGGACCCACGAAUUGAAAUAUUCAUGCUCACUGAUUUAGUCGACACCGAAAGUCGAACAUCGAUGAACUCGUCUCUAGUUAACAUCGAAUUGCUGUCUGAAACCCUUUAGUCUAGUAGUAAAACAACCGAAUCGGCAAUCGGGAGACGUGGGUUUGAUUCCCGUUGGGAAGUUAACAUAUACUUUUCUGAAUAUAAAAGCUUGAGAACUACAAUCUACUUAACAACUGAAAGUUGCUGAUUAUUACCUUGCCUUUGAAAAAAGAAGUUUUGAGGUUUUCAUGUUUAAUAUGUUUUCCAAUUGUAUUCAUUUACAGCAUCAAAAGACAACCAAUCUUCUGUACCACCAACAUUAACGGACAUCGUGGAAAUGGAACCAAAACGUGCAAAUGUGCCAGGUAGUUCAGGAAACAGUUUUCAUUGUUCAACAUUAAUAUCACAAUCACAAAUAUCACCAUCAUCACUGCCACCAACAUCAGUCACAUCAAGCAGUAACCAUUCUUCCCGUGAGCCAUUGUGGGGCAUUUGACACUCUACCUCCUCCCUGGGGUAGGGGAUUUAGUUGUAAUUUAAUGCCCCACAAUAAUGCACACAAUAAAUAUGCAAAUUAAAUGGCUACACUUGGAUUUGACUUGUGCAUAAUAAAUCCAUCACAUAAUUUGCAACUUGUUACUCAUUACAGUAUUCCUUUGUCUCAAACUGAAUAAAUCUCAUGUAAACUCAGUUCCGUUUCCAAUUUUCAGCUUUGAAAGGUACCCGACCUUCUGUACCACACACUUCAGAUAACAAUUUGAACGUAGAAUCAAGAUUUUCAUACAAAUCUGAAGAUCAAGUUAGGAAGGAACAAGAACACAUUUUAAACCAAAUCAAACAAGAAAAAAAAGAACAGAAAAACACAGACAAAAAUAUUGAGGAAUACCAAGCUGGUUUGGAAUCAUGUGAUGAACAGUGGCGGUCAAAGAAGGAAGAUAAAUCAAGAUUUAAAAAUCAUGUUUCGCGUGAAACGUUGCAAGUGAAUACACAUACUAAAGGUACAUGAAACAGUCCUUAUUAUAUCACCAUCAUCACUGCCACCAACAUCAGUCAAAUCAAGCAGUAACCAUUCUCCCCUGAGCCAUUGUGGGGCAUUUGACACUCUACCUCCUCCCUGGGGUAGGAGAUUUAGUUGUAAUUUAAUGCCCCACAAUAAUGCACACAGUAAAUAUGCAAAUUAAAUGGCUAUACUAAGUUUUGAAGUUUUUCAUGUUUAAUAUGUUUUCCAAAUGUAUUCAUUUUCAGCAUCAAAAGACAACCCACCUUCUGUACCACCAACAUCAACGGACAUCGUGGAAAUAGAACCAAACGUUUCUGAGCAUCGAAAGGACGACACCCACCUCCACUCAUUUUAUAUUCUUCUGAGAGAAAGAAUGGCAAAAAAUUCUGAGAAAAAUUAUAGUGCAAUGAGUAGUUCCAUAAAAUGUGUAUCUCUACUCCAGGGAGAAAUACUUAUCCGAAACGUUACAACAGCUGUUGAUGAAAGUCAUGGUUUAAUAAGACUCCAUUCUUAUUCCAAACCAGCGUAUUUUUGUGACUGCCCACUUGGUGAUGUGAAACACAUUAGCGAAGAAGAAGCGAGAUUAUUACUUGCAAUAAGUACAAUGGGCGACAGGUUUAAGUUAUUGGACAAUAAGUCUCUUCUUAAAAAUGGAAAGAAAAUUAUCCUGGGUAGUUAUGUUUAUGUCAAGGUUCGAUCAGUGGCUGGUGGUAGUAAGCAGGAACUACGGGGUAUAGUCAGGUACAAAGGGCCAUUGCCAAACAAGUUUGGUACAUGGUUUGGUGUUGAGUUACUGGUAAGUAGGGCAGUGAGUUAGCCAAAGCUGGUACUCACGUAACAUGGAGAAAAAAAAGCUACACAUCAUUACACAUUUAAAUUAUGAACUGUCUGUGCCAGUGUAGUAGUGGCAAAAGUAUUAGCAAGCUUUCGUUAGUGGAGAUGCAACUACCUGAAAAAAUAUAAGAAGAAUUUCGACGUUUCAAACGAAGGCCCUCCAGACGAAGAACCUUUGCUUGAAACGUGGAAAUUCUCCUCAUAUUUUUCAGGUAGUUGCAUUCCUACCAACAAAAGCUUGUUAAUAAUUUAAAUUACCAAUUGUUUUCUUUUUCACUAGGAAGGUGUGGGGAGGGGCACAACAAAUGGAAUGUAUAAAGGAGUGAGAUUUUUCAGAUGUCAAACUGAUUUUGGCAUCUUUGUAUCAUUGGAAAAAUUGAGAUUAUGUGAAGACCAAAUGGAAACAAAAAGUGAAAGUAAAACAGAUACCAAAGAGGCUAAUGGCACUGAAGAGAGCAACAGUGGUGUGCUUAUCAAAGUCAAGAGAUUUGCAGAAGAUUUGUCAAACUUUGUGCUGGGAGAGCAACCACAAGAGGAAAAUUUUUAUUCUUCAGAAAAGCAGAAUAAAAACAAUGCUGGAUAUGAAAUAAAUGACAGAGUUUGGACAUAUGUAAAUGAUAAAUUAUAUGGAGGCUGUAUAAAAUAUAUCGGUCGAGUACCAGGGGGCAGAGAAACUUACGCUGGAAUCCGGUUGGUAGGUAUUUCAAUUCCUUGUUGGUUAUGAUUUUCAGGUUUUUUAAGGCAUAAUUUAUCUCACUUUCUAUAUGGCCAGAAUGAAUAUAAACAUUAAUUAGCUUCACUUUUGUAACUGUUACUACAAAAAGUCUUUGCAUUGUAGGACCAUGAUGUUGGUCAGGGAAAUGGAGAGUAUUAUGGUAAACAAUUGUUUACAUGCAUGAUGAAUCAUGCUCAUUUCACUCCGAUUAUCAAUGUCAUCUCGCAAGAUAAACUGCAAGAACUUUAUGAUGAACAAGAAUGUGCAAAUGUGCCAGGUAGUUCGGGAAACAGUUUUCAUUGUUCAACAUUAACCCACUGAGUCCCAAUGUGUCCUGAUGUGCCCUGUACUUUACUAUUCUACUCCGUCUAACGCCAGACGAUUUUAUUCUUCAAGGGGAGGGCGCUGGCGCUUAAUAACACCACCACAAUCACAAAUACCACCAUCAUCACUGCCACCAACAUCAGUCAAAUCAAGCAAUAACCAUUCUCCUCUGAGCCAUUGUGGGGCAUUUGACACUCUACCUCCUCCCUGGGGUAGGGGAUGAAGCCUUGAUAAAAUAUUUUUCUUCCUGGCAGCAGACUUCCCAGACCAAAAAUUUCCUGCCAAGUUUUUUAUAAAUAUUAAUUUUGGUUGUAAUUCAAAUUAACAGGCAGUCAUAGCACUGCCACAUGAUACAAAUUUUUAUGUUAUGAUUGUUGUAUUUAUGCUCUAAUUGUGAUGUUUGUUACUUUAAUGCUGAUUUUUGAAAUUUCUUGAGCUUCAUUCUUGAUAUCUUGCUUUUCCUUAAAAAUUUCCUGGCAACUGCAAGAACAGGUAGUUCGGAAACAGUUUUCAUUGUUCAACAUUAACCGAUUGAGUCGCAUUGUGCCCUGAUAGGCCCUGUACUUUACUAUUCUACUCUCUCUAACGCCAGACGAGCGACCAGCGCUCUCCCAUUGACAGGUGAAAUCGUCUUCCAUUAGAUAGUGCACAUUAGGGCAUAAUGCAACCUAAACGGGUUAACUAAACACUUGGGCAGAUAGACUGAUUAACCCAUCAAUUGCCAGCACUCUCCCAUUAACUAGUAAAAUCAUCUGGCUUUAGAGAGAGACGGAGUAAAACAAUAAAGUAGGAUGCCAUGUAACUUAAUAAGUUAAGGAGCGCGUUUCAGGAAAGAGAUGCGGGCGAAGUUGAAUGUUUCAUUUUUAAUAUAUAUCUUCAAUUUAUUAAUUUUCAGCUUUAAGAAACAACCAACCAACUGUGCCACGAACGUCAGAGGAAAUUUUGAAUAUGGAAUCAAAAUUUUCAAACCAGUCAAAGGAUCAGGUUAUCAAGGAACAGGAAAUGAUUUUACAGAAAAUCAAACAAGACCAACAACAGAAAAUGGCAAAGAAGAAGUCUUGAUUUAAAUCUUACUUAACUCCACUUAAAGACGGUGAUUUUUUAUUCAGAGGAAAAACUUUGUUGACAGUAUGUGAUCUACUGUAGUGUAGUGGGUCCAAGACAAACCAAACAGUGUUCAUAUUAAAUAAUUGCUGUUUCUGCAAACCAUUACAGUUGUGCCAAUAGAAGCGUUCCGAAAAAUGUGGACCAGUUCAUUCCCUAACUUUGAGGAGUUCGUCUGAACAAUUCGUCAACAAUUUGAUAAGUUCCUUAAAAAGUUCCUAACUUCAUGUUUCAUUGACCAAUCAGAUUGCUCAAAAAUAAAAUAUAAAAUUUGAUUGGUCAAUGAAACAGAAAGUUAGGAACUUUUUAAGGAAUUGUUCAGAGGUGUUCCUUCAAGUUAGGAAAUGAACUGGUCAACAUUUUUUGGAAUGCUUCUAUUGGCACGACUGUAACUAUAUGUAUUACAAUGAACAAGCUUUCGUUGGUAGGGAUGUGCAACUACCUGUAAAUAUAUCAUAGUAACUCUCCUUAUAAAUAUAUUUUCAGGUAGUUACAUCCCUACCAACGAAAGCUUGUUCAUAUUAUUGGCACUACCUACACUGGUACAGAUUAUAAGUAUUACACCAUACCUUAACUGUGUUUUUUUUCUGAUUGCUUUCUUUAAAUCGUUCUAGUAAACUUACAAGUUGUGCAUCACCAAUCUAGGAACAGAAAUCACUGUUUAAUAUUUUUGCAAAUAACUUGCUUAGGAGCUAUUGAUAAAUAGAUCUUUCAUUAAAGGAUGACAUGAUUUUGCUAUUGCAGACCAGACAAUAUCGUUUCCAGAAAGAAAAUCCAGCUGUCUUCAAGCCUCAAAAUAAGUACCGGUCGUUGUUUGGUAAUCUUUUUCAUUUUGACAAGCAAAUAAUGUCUCUUACCAGACAGUCACGCAUGACUGGUAAGUUUUUCUAAUGAAAAAAUACGUUCCUGGGUGAAUUUUUGUUUCCCACAAUUUCGUGUUUACCGAAAAAAGCAAGAAAAGUCUCACCUGUCAAUUCACUGCAAGCAUUGCACCUAAAGCAUACGCUCACAACUCAAAUUACAUUUGUCAUCAAAACUUCCUGGCUCAGAUAUAGUGUGAUAUGGCAAACAAUAGUUACGUUUGUCAACAUAUUCUUGUAUAAAUUGUGGUGUGACCACAUUUUUUUAAAGGAUAAUAAGCAACAGUUUGUAAUUUGUACAAUAAUUAAUGUUAGUACACAAUUUUUUUCUGUUUGUUUUUUGUACAAUAAUAAAAUAUUACAGUUGUGCCAAUAGAAGCGUUCCGAAAAAUGUUGACCAAUUCAUUUCCUACCUUGAAGGAACACCUCUGAACAAUUCCUCAACAAUUUGAUAAGUUCCUUAAAAAGUUUCUAACUUCCUGUUUCAUUGACCAAUCAAAUUUUAUAUUUUAUUUUUGAGCAAUAUGAUUGGUGAAUGAAACAGGAAGUUUAAGGGACUUAUCAAAUUGUUGAGGAAUUGUUCAGAAGUGUUCCUUCAAGUUAGGAAAUGAAUUGGUCAACAUUUUUCGGAACACUUCUAUUGGUACGACUGUAAUACUAAUUUUUUUCUUUGUUUUGUCUGUUUGUAAAUCUCUUCUCGCAAAUAAAACGGGC